CCGGCUUCCGCUUUGUUCGCUCACUCGGCUAGCUGCUUGGGGAGAGACCGGUGACGUGGGAGGGGUGCUGCCCGCAGCGAGUCCGAUCGCCCCUCUUCCGUGAGCUGCGCCCGGGUCAUCAAGAAUCAUACAGAAUUGUAUUAAGUAAAUAAAAGGAUGAAGCUUUACAGUCUAAGUGUCCUUUACAAAGGAGAUCCCAAAGUGCAUUUACUGAAAGCUGCCUAUGAUGUGUCAUCAUUUAGCUUUUUCCAGAGAUCCAGUGUUCAGGAAUUCAUGACCUUCACAAGUCAGCUGAUAGUAGAGCGUUCAGAACCUGGCAGCAGAGCUUCUGUAAAGGAACAAGAAUACCUGUGCCACGUUUAUGUGCGGAAUGAUAGGUUGGCUGGAGUCAUAAUUGCAGACAAUGAGUAUCCAUCCCGGGUUUGUUUCACCUUGCUGGAUAAGGUGAUGGAUGAUUUUUCAAGGCAGGUUGAUAGGAUAGACUGGCCUUCUGGAUCCCCAGCAACAAUAAACUACACAGCGUUGGACAGCUACCUUAGUAAAUACCAGAAUCCUCGUGAAGCAGAUGCAAUGACAAAAGUGCAAGCAGAGCUGGAUGAGACCAAAGUCAUCUUGCACAAUACAAUGGAGUCUUUGUUAGAAAGAGGAGAGAAACUGGAUGACUUGGUGUCUAAAUCAGAGGUUCUUGGAACGCAGUCAAAAGCCUUCUACAAAACCGCCCGCAAGCAGAACUCAUGCUGUGAGAUCAUGUGACCUCCAACAGCUGCGGCCCACCACACUCUGGACUAUCAGGCCUUCAUUUACAUUCAGGACUCCCAGAACAAGGCAGCAAGAAGAUGUUCCCCAGAGCCUACAGUGGCGGUUCUUGUUUCCAGGUUUAGAAACCUUGAUACAUGAAAUAGGACAUGCUGAUGGGGUUCAUGACUUGAAAACAAUCUCUCUUUUUCCCUUUUCUUGGAAAGAAGGUAUUUUGGGUGUCAAGAUUCUUGUAGUUUGAGUAUGGGGAUAGACAAUGACAUUUUCCCACAAGUACUGAAGGGGCUCUUGCUCUGACAUUCUGGUUGAUAGCAACUGUGUUGGAUUGUUUGGGCUUCUUCACCCCACAUCUUUCUGAAAUCUGCAAAUAGAUGUGCAUUCUGCCCAUAUCUAUCGUGGUUUGCUCACGUAACACUAAGAAAACCGUUUGGUCAUCUGGAGUUUGCAGACCAGUAACAAGACUUGCCAGUUCAGCACUUCAUCUAGAGGUGGCAAUUUUUCUUGUUUGCUAAAAUGUCCCACACUGGUGGUGGAAGCAGUGCAGAAAUUCUGUCAAUUUCCACCCCAUUCAGUGUCAUCCAGGGCCCAUCUAUGGAUUGGCAUGACUGUGUGGAAGACCCAGGGCAGCCUGAGACCUGCUUUUGCUUUAUAAUCUAGCAGAAGAGCUCAAAGGGAUUCCUAGGGAGAGCUUGGACUUGUGAAAUGGCUUGGAAUUAUUUCCCUUGAUUCAAGCUGGGAAAUUCUGUCUUGGGACUACAUUUGCCAAGGAACUAAGCGGCAGUUUAGAGCUCAUUUCCAUACCCAGUGCCACUGCCAUUUGUCAAAGACAAGUUAAGAAGGCACGAUGUGGUAACAUCUCCUUGUAUCUUACAGCUGCUUAGGGGAGGGCUUAUCUAUGAGAGUGGUCUGUAUCUAGUCAGUGGCUUUUGUUGCUCUUGCUCUGUUCUUCCAUAUGAAGUGGAAGAUCUGCUUGACAGUCCGGUGCCCUCCUCCACUGGCAAUGUGUUAUCUUAUGGCUACUCUCUGGCAGUGCCGUACCAUAGUAUUAAUCAGCAGCCAUUGUGGAUAGCAACGCGCCCUUGUCCAGAAGCGCCGUCCACUGCUUUGCAGUAGGAACUAUGUCAGAGUUUUGUGGAGUGCAACAUCGCUUACUUUGGGCAAAAGUGUGUUAGCCGCUGAAAUUGUGUGUCUUGGUGUGGUCUUGUGGUUUUGGCUGGGUCUUUGUUCUCCCUGCUUGAGAGUUUGACCCUGCCAGUUACUUUUUUGUGUAAAUAGAGACAAUGUUGUUACUAAUGCUCUUGUCUUUCUGUCAGCAAGGAGCUCUGAUGCCCUCUCUAUCUGGUGAGGCAAAGCUGCUUUUCCACGGGUGGGGCUCCCUCACAUCCUCUCUCCUUACCACAACUGUGGUGGGUGUUUCUGUACACAGGUGAGAAAAUGCAUCACUUAAAAUUGACCUCUGCCUGACAAGGGCCCUGGGAGAAGCAGCUCUGGUAGUCAACAAGAUGGAAAUGCUGUAUCAGUGAUCUGGCUCUUAGGUUAGUCGUUUUCGCCCAGGAAUACCAACAAAUCUCCUCCUAACAGGGAAGGGAAACAUUGACCCUUCAGACAUUGCUGGACUCUACCUCCGUCGAACCCAAUUGUUGAUGGAUGACCAAUUGUCGGGGUAAUGGGAGUUGUAGUCCAGCAACAUCUAGACGGCCACUAGUUUUCCCACCCCGUUCCAGAAAGCUCCACAGUGACAGCAUCAGCAAAGGCCUUUCACACUUGCAGAAGGGCACAAGGAAAAUUAGGAGAGCACCCUUCUUUGUUCCAUUACUGUGCAUCAAGCUAUAGCUAAAGGGGUCAGUGCCAGAUUACCUAAUGGCAAUGUAGGGCAGAGCUGAGAUUUACUGAUGGGCCUUGUGAGCAGAAGUGGAAUUUCUGACUUGCAUUGUUGCAACUUUUUUUUUUUUUUUUUUUGCUGCUGCCUUUGUCAUGUUUAACUGCAUCAAUUCUGCUAAGCCCUUGAGCAACAAGCAACUAUAACAUGGCGAACCUCUCUUAAUUUAUACACACAAACCAAGCUGGAGCUGAAGGAGUAAAGUGAGUUUGAUUAUGUUUCUUUUACCUUAACUGCCCUUUGCCAUGUUGGGUGCAGUCCAAGACUUGGUUGCAUUUCCUUGCUUUGGGCACCUGAGCCCUUCUUGGGAAGGGGUUGGGCUGGAAAGCACACCUCAGCCAAUCAGACUUGAAUCAAUAUUAUGCAGAGGCUGUAUUGGCAGAACCAAUGCAGCACCCCUCUUGGUGCCAGGAAUCACCAGCCUUAAUUUUUUUUUCCUCCCAUCUCUGGUUCAGAUGUACCCAAGAGUAUUUGUGUUUUCUGUAAAGUCCAUUUCUAUUCCUAUCAAUCAGUUACCUUCGUUGUGGAUUAUUGCUUUGAUCCUUACAGGCUCUCCUGAUAAGACAGGGCAGAAAGAAAGCUGCAAGUCAGUUUUGGUACUACUUGCUGCAGAAAGAAACAGUUCUUCACAUUUGUCAUUCUUUGAAUGAAAAUGGGCUUCAAAAACUUGCUCUGAAUAGUAUAGAGAAACCUAAUUAGUUAGUCUUUUGAAUUCUAGACUCAUAUGUUCCAUCUGUUCAUAUCCUCUUUCUAAUGUGGAAGUUUUACUAAAGAUUGUAUUUUAAUAUUGUUUAACAUUAUGCGUACUGGUUAUUGGAUUAUACCUUUAUGGAUAAAGUUGUCAUUUGAUCAUUCAAAA